UAGAACUUUACCCAGACAUACUAAAUAUAGAUGACUCAUAGAUGUGGAUUGUGUUUCCCGCUGGUAAACAAGUAGCUAAAGCUAGAAAGGAGCAGAAAAAAUACAUAUCACAGAAUCUCUUUUUACUCAGGAAUAGUAAACAUGAAGGUGGACAGGACUGGAAUUGACAUUCCCGUGUAUGACCUGUCAGUGAUACGCAAUCUUUGGGAGGGCCGGGUGAAAAAAUACAAGCAGUAUCAGAAAAAAGAACAGGAAAGGAUCAACAAAAGUGCCCUGGCCAAGAUAAAUCAGCAGUGGCAGUAUCGCAUAAUAUGCAGAAAAAUGAAGACCAACGAAGUCACUGCUCUCCAGUGCUAUCUGGAAAGAUCAGCCUUCACAGAAAUGGGCAUUUUACCCACAGUUCAUACAAGCAUUGACAGUGAAGAAAAGAAAUUCAUUUUUGAGCUGAGUGGAGAUAAAUGGAAGAAACUACCAGAAGAUCUUCAGUAUAUGACUUAUCUGCGAGAAUGGCACAUUCAUAAAACACAAAUUCAAAAGCUGCCUGAAUACAUCGAACAGUUUGUGGACUUGUGUAUCUUAAACCUACCUAAAAACAGACUCACACAGCUUCCAGCUGAGAUAGGAAAACUGGCAAACCUAAAAGAACUGAAUAUGAAUUACAAUAAGUUAUCAAGCAUUCCACCUGAGCUUGGAGAGUGUGAAAAUCUGGAGAAGCUGGAAAUGGCUGCAAAUUUAGACCUCAGUGAACUUCCUUUUGAGCUGAGCAACUUAAAAAAACUUAAACAUCUAGACCUAGCAGAAAAUAAAUUUGCCACUAUACCAGUCAGUGUACUUCGAAUGUCAAGCCUUCAGUGGUUGGACAUCAGUAAGAACAGUCUUCGUGAUUUGCCAGAGGAUAUUGAUAGGAUGGAAGAGUUACAGACAUUGUUCCUCCAUAAAAACAAAUUGAAAUAUCUACCAAUGUCAACAGCAAAUAUUGUCACCCUCAGAAUGCUUGUUGUCAGUGGAGAUGAACUGACCUGUCUUCCUGCCAACCUCACAGAAAAUCCUAAUCUAAAAUUCAUAAAAUUAUUUGAUAAUCCAACAAGCUUGGAUAUCAGUGAGGAUAAGAAAGAUAACACACUCGAGCAGACUGAGCAUGACAAGGAGUUUAUGCAGGCCUAUAUUGACACUCUCAAAGACAGAGGCACACCAGUGUAUGUAUUGUCGCGACGGGCAGAGAGCCGGCGCACACAAGAGGGAAAUCGCUCCUUCUCCAACUGCCGCACCGGCACGACGUGGGCAGCUUCCUGCCGAACAUUCCGCCAGCCGGAAGGACUGCCGCGGCAGGGCGGGACUGACGCGACUCCGUCCAGCGAUUGGCGGACCCAACGGGGAAAUCCCACCACUCAGGCGACGGCGGAGGAGGAUAAAAGGGCGCGCUUCCGGCCGGGAAGCGGAAGAGAAUAUCGUAGCGUCAAGACGGACUCCGUGCGUGUUUGCAGCGAUUCGCAAUCUCCGAUCACGACGGUAACCUCACGCCCCACGCUAAUCUCUCUCUCUCUCUCUCUCUCACCAGGAGGUACAAGCGCGGAUGAGACCGCCGGGUAGUGAGAGUCGCACAUACGGAGGACGCCGGCCCGGGAAAACCCCCGCCCCGCCUCAGGAAUCCCGCCUCCGCCACGAGUAGACUCCGCCGGCCGUCACGCCUCCACAAAACCCCGCACUCAUCCACUUAUAACCCACUCACCUCACCCUAGCCACAAUAAACCACCGUUUGCGAACAUC